GUCACUGCCCCUCUGUCCUGUUCUCCCUUUUUUUCUCCUCAGAAAUCAAAAGCCCUCCCAUGUCGCAAUAAUUCAAAGACACGUUCACUCCACGCUCCCUCCGUCAUCGCAAUCACUCCCCUACCUUCGCCGCCCCCCCCGGUUGGACCGCAACCCUCCUCCCGCCGUGGCGGCGCGUGCACGUCCGCCGCACCCGCGAACGCCCCUCCCCGCCCGAUCGCCGCCCGCCCGAUCGCCGCCGACAGCCCCCUCCUCAAUCUCCGGCCCCCGUCGCUCUCCGCCCCCACCGGCAGCAGCUAAAUGGAGUCUCACGACGGCGCGUGGUCGCUCAAGGAGGUGCAGAAGCUCGAGGGCCACACCGAUAGGGUGUGGAGCGUCGCUUGGAACCCGGCCGCCGGGGUGGCCGGCGUCCCCGCGAUGCUCGCCUCCUGCAGCGGCGACAAGACGGUCCGCGUCUGGGAGCAGAAUCCCUCUUCUUCCUCGUGGUUCUGCAAGGCGGUUUUGGAUGAGACGCACACUAGGACCGUUAGGUCUUGCGCUUGGUCGCCUUCGGGGAAGUUAUUAGCCACUGGGAGCUUCGAUGCCACCACUGCGAUUUGGGAAAAUGUUGGGGGUGAUUUUGAAUGCGUUUCUACAUUAGAGGGUCAUGAAAAUGAAGUCAAAAGCGUCUGUUGGAAUGCGUCCGGGUCCUUGCUAGCGACAUGUGGCCGAGAUAGAUCUGUUUGGAUUUGGGAAGUGUUGCCAGGGAAUGAGUUUGAGUGUGCUUCAGUGUUGCAAGGACACACACAAGAUGUGAAGAUGGUGCAGUGGCACCCAACCAUGGAUAUACUGUUUUCUUGUAGCUAUGACAACACUAUUAAGAUUUGGGCAGAGGAUGGUGAUGACGACUGGCACUGUGUUCAAACCUUAAGCGAAGCUAAUGGUGGUCAUACGUCCACCGUUUGGGCUCUUUCCUUUAAUACUGCUGGAGACAAAAUGGUUACGUGUAGUGAUGAUCUCACGAUAAAGGUAUGGGAGACUGACAGUGCAAAGAUGAUGUCUGGUGAUGGCUAUGUACCUUGGAGUCAUGUCUGCACUCUCUCUGGUUACCAUGAUCGAACCAUCUUUUCUGUUCAUUGGUCCAGGGAAGGGAUUAUUGCUAGUGGGGCUGCAGAUGAUGCUAUCCGAUUUUUUGUUGAGAGUAAAGAUGGUUCAGUUGAUGGACCUUCGUACAAAAUGAUUCUAAGAAAUGAAAAGGCCCAUGAUAUGGAUGUGAACUCAGUAAGGUGGAGCCAUGGUGAAAACCGCUUUCUUGCAUCUGCAAGUGAUGAUGGGACGGUAAAAAUAUGGGAGCUUGUGCCUGUAAUUUGAUAGCUAUGUAUCACACUGUCAGUGAAUUUCAUAGGUAUCAUGUCAUAGAUAUGUAAAAAGCUCUCCAAAUUGUUCAAACCUUGGAAAAAAAUAUAUAGAGGUUUCAUUUCAAAUGUCUCGCCUUAAAAUAAGAGACUGCUGCUGAUCAGAUUUUCCUAAGUUUGGCCAGGGUAAACAAAACAGAGAAGUGAAUGAAGAUGAGGAAAAUUUGUGCUUCUAGCUCGGCUGGAAGUGUGGAUGUGUUCGGGUGCACAAUUUCAGGGAGAAUUUACACCCCCCACCCUCUCUCUCUCCUCUCUUCUGUCAUUUGCUGUAAUCUUUUUUAGGUUGGUUGUGUAAACCAUAUUUUGUCCUGCAAACCCUACUAUAUUCUGCAGUCAAUAGACUAAUCAAAUUUUAUGGGAGGAGACAUUCCCUUUUUAUUUGUUUAUGUGAAGCGGAGACUAAGACUAUAAUGAUCCA